CAAAAUUUACAACCUUAAAAAUCAACAGAAUAUUGCUUGUCAUAUUUUUGUGCGGUUUUGCUAAAUUUUAAAACUUCAAAUUCAAAUCUUUUUAUAAAAUAUUAAAAGCAUGGCAUCCAAAUUUGAAACGGAAUUUAUAACACCAUGGAAUUUUGUGAAAGCACGAGAACAGAUAUAUUCCAAACUUUUCAAUUGCGAAGUACUGGAGCCCUUAGCAUCACGUCACAAGUACACCUACUUCAAUAAUCAAAAGGAGGAAAAAAGUGUUCUUGAUAAAAGAACCGCUUAUGAUCGUCUACAUGACUUCAGCCAAUAUGACAUCAGAAAAACACGGUGUGAUCGUAAAAAGCAAUCUACUAUUUGGCAAGGAAUUCAUGAAGAAAAUAAAAAUAAGAAAGUGGGAAUGACUACCUCCCUUUGGUACGGUCGACCAAACCGAGUGCAGAUUGAUUUUUCUGAAAGAAAAUAUUGUCGCACAACUAUGAUUCAAGAUGCUAUUUACAGAAAACAUGACCUAAAUUUAAGUCCUGAUUUAGAGAGACGACUUUUAUAAAAUUGAAAUAAUAACGGAAACAAACAACUAGA